AUGGAUAACCAACAAGAUAAGUCUGUUGUUGCCUCAGCCAGUGGAGAAAACACUCUGAUAAAUGAGGUAGAAGAAAAUGAUCCAGACGAUCAGGAUGUGGCAAUGAAGUCAUUUGCAGCUCUAGAAGCUGCUGAAUCAAUCCAGCCUUUACCAGUGGUACAAAAAGAGAUUCUGAUGUAUCCCAGGAGUCUCUUGUCCCUGCCUUCUAAGAAACCCUGUAUACAGAAUCCUUCUCCUUUGGACUUUAUUGAAUCACCUGACUAUACUGCUGAUAGUGCUUCUGUUAAUGCCAUCUCCCUCACAUCUGGCAUCACAAAGGGUCUGAACACAUGGUCACUUCCCAGUGAAUGUGAGAAAGCACCAUUUGUCAUAACAGAGCCUGCAAGCAUGUCAUCUCUGAAUGGGGAUUGCCUCAUGCAGCCAAGCCGGACUUGCUUGGACUGCUUCAUGGAAUCCAAGGAGUCAGUAGAUCCUGAACCAGGAAAAGUUGAUGACCUAAGUAAGGAUUAUGAAACUUGUGAAGUCUCUGGUAUAGGAAUUCAGUGUAUUAAUGCAGAAGAAGAUACAAAAUAUGGAGAUCAAUUGCUCUCAGACCAGCUUCUAGGCUUCCCCCUACAAAAAUCAAAGGCAGGAGAUAAACAAGAAGCGGAAAAAACUGACAUCAACAUGGAGGAUCCAUCUCAGAAAAAUUAUUUUGAGGCAUUACUUUUGGAUAAGUGCAAUACAGAAGAGGCUUUGCUUGCAAAUUCCAGUCAAGAUUGGGGUUACUUUGAAACUUUCAUUAGUGAGAGUAAAAUUGAACUGCUUGACCUCUGUUCCAAGAAUGAACUAUCUGUCAACCUAUUCUCUGAAGAAGAUGUGGAUAACUACAUGUUUGAUGAUGACGAGUCCACGCUGGAUAGUGAUGUGUGCUCUCUUAAAAUUCGAUAUGAGUCUUUCCAGGACAAUGUUCGAGAUAAGACUACCCUUCUUAUGCAAGAAGAUGCCCAAUUCAACUUUUUCCCCAAUGUGUUUACUACUUGUCCCAAACGAGAGUCUAAGAGUGGAAUUCUGAAGCAGAACAGUGAAUUUUCCCAAUUCAAGGUUCCUGACAUCAUUUGGGGGGAAGAAGAAAAAAGCUUGGAAAAGAAGAAAGGAAAGGAAGGGCAGGAAGACAAAGACAUAAGGAAAAAAGAUAGAAAGGAGAAUGAAGAAAACUCUGCCUUGAAUAAACCAUGCAAUGAGGCUGAGGUAGAGUGGAAAAGUUCAAAGCAAGGUCACCUUGUGAAUUCUUUGGCGGACUCAGUGAAUUUCAGUGAUGAGAGCUCUUUCAUUGAAGUCUCAUAUAAUGCUAUGGGGGAAAUCAAAGAAUACAGUCACUAUAUGGCACGGGAAACUAUUUCCAGUAGCUCCUCCUCCCAACAGAACUAUGGGCUGAGAGCCAAGAGAAAAGUCAGAUAUAGUGAAGAUUAUUUAUAUGAUGUUGACUCACUUGAGAGUGAAAAAAUAAAUGAGAGAAAAGAAUGGUUUCCAGGUGGUUCCAAAGAGGAAGAUGAUGAUGAAUGGUGUCCCAAAAAGAGAAGAAAAGUAACUCGCAAGGAGCCCCCUGUUAUUAUAAAAUAUAUCAUCAUCAAUCGUUUUAAAGGUGAGAAGAACAUGCUGGUGAAGUUAAGUAAGGUGGAUGCCAGUGAAACAACAGUAAACUUGAGUGAGAAUCAACUCAACAAAUAUGCCAGACUGGCCCCCUUGAAAGGCUUCUGGCAAAAGAAGAAGCAGAGAAAUAGCAAUACAGACUCCAUCAAGAUAUCUUUAUGCCAAAAGCAAACCUUUGAACCAGGGAGCUUUGAGUUGUCAUUCUUAUCACCUAUUCGCAAACGAAAAUCUAAACAUGGCAACAGACAUAGGAUUCAAAGAAUUUCAUCCAUGGAAGCUUCAGCAAGUAGUAAGCAGAUUUUAUUUUGCAGUGAUCAGAAGAAAGGUAAUCAUAGAGAAGAUGGAUGCCUGAAAAUUUCAUUGAAGCCUGUAUCUCUGACUACCCCAAGAUGCACAAAUAAAAUUACAAAUCUUGACACAGAAAAAGUCAAAUCUCAAGACACAAAGUUUAAGGGACUAGAGAGGAAAGUUCUCAACAAAAUAAAAUUUAAAAGUGAAGCUAGGUUAAAAUCCAAGAAAAACAAUGGUGAGCAAGAAAGCAAGCCAAUUGCUGAAAUUAGCCCUGUCUUUGAAGAACAAUCCUCCAAGACCAAAGUAAAGAAAGAAGCUGUUCCUGGGAACACAGACAGUACCCAUCUAUCUGAAUUUAUAUCUGAGGUAAAUGUGAAGAAUUCUACAUUCUUAGCAACGACAUGCUCUUCUGAAAUGCCUCUAUCAUCUGCUAAUGUUUCUACCAAAAUACCUGUUAUCCCUGGAGGAUAUCUGCAAACAUUGUUAGAUGCUUCUGACUUGUCAAGUAAUACCAGUAUUUCAUACUUUACUCACCAUUCUGCAGAGCAAAAUGAAGCUAGCUUUACUCAAACAGAAAAAUCAUUUGUACCUCUUCAGCCUACCCAGCACUGUGUACCCUCCACAUCUUCUAAGACUGAGCUGCAGCAGUCACCCCAUAAAUUCAAAAUGGAACCAAGCAACCAUGAGGAUGUGUGGCCUGACAAGGCUACUUCUAGCCCCCAAGAAUUAAUGACUGAAGUCUCAAGGGAGAUAGCUUCAACCCAAUCCAGUGAAUUUGGAGUCUCUCAAGUAGUCCCAACAGAAAAUAGCCUAACAGCUACAACAUAUAAUGCAAUCUGCCUCAAUAGUGGUGGCAAUAGUUGCAAUAAGGUCCUAUAUACCUCCAUGCAAGACACUCAGCUCCAGUCUGAUGGCUCUUAUCAACUAUAUCACCUUAAUAAUGGAGAGAUCUGCUUUCCUUUCCAGCAGGGUACAGUAAAUAUGGAUGACAGUCUUCUCUUCAGCUUUGAUUCAAUGGCCUCACUCACUAUAAACACAAGUAAUUAUUCCUCUUUAAGCUUGGCUUCCUGUGAAAAGGAUGCUGAUGCUGAUAUUAACGAUGACUUCCUGGUUCAUUGCAGCCCCAAGCUGGUGACCCAGCAAAGCACUGAUGAAAUAGCACCAUUAAAGGAGUCUACUGAUCUCUUGGAUAUCUCCAACUUCACUCCUGACAAAUUUCGCCACUCUUCCCUCUCAGAAAUAUCACCACCUGAUACCCCUAGACUUUCCCCUCAAAUAACCAGAUGUGAAAGUAUCAAAACACUAGAAACACUGAAGGAGUUCCAAGAGAGCGUCCCAAGACCAUUAGGUAAAAUGGAAAGAAUCAAGUGGGACUGCAGUACACUUUCACAGCACGUCCAAGUGGAUGAGGAAUUUACCUUAAGUAACCAUCAGUUCCAGUUCCAUAUGUUCAAUGAUGAGGAUUCCAUCAGCUUGCUCCAAAAAAGGCCUCGCCUGUCAACAUUUAAUGAGCCACCUGGUCAAAUUAAUUCCAAUAACAAGGUGUCAAAAUCAAGAAAAAAGAGUUCACCCAAUAAGAGUGGGUCUGUGAAUCAAAACUCUUCUCAGAAAAACACCAGGAAAAAGUCUCCAAAAAGCAACAACAAAGGAACUGAAAAACCACCUGGCAAAACCUCCCAUCAGGUCUCUAAGUCAACAAAAAAGGGAAAAUACAUAACUGCAAUCAAUAGAGAGAAAUUGCAAAUUGGCACUGGCCAUGGAGGAGCCCAAGUCAACAACAUAGCCUCCACUGGAAAGAUACUGGCUGAAUGUGCCCAACAUGGUGGUCCUAUGGCCUCUAUGAAGAUGUCAAGUCAGAAAGGACUUUCUGGAGAUUGGCCUUUGCGAAAAGAAAAUAACUUGGGUUGGAAUGACAUGAGCAUGGGCACCAAUAUCAACAACAGCCUCAUUGAUGAUGACCAACGGGAAUUUCAGGAGCCUUCCUAUAUUUUGUCAAACAUUGCCUCUGGUAUGGCAGAUGUACAGAGAUUCAUGAUGGCCUCGAUAGAACCCAUUUGGGAGCCCAUGGAAAAACAUGGGGACACCAACAUGUUCUACUCCCCGGAGUCCAAUAUGCUAAAAUUAAAAACCCUCAAAAUAUUGGCUGGGACAUCACAGGAAUCCAAGAAAAAGGUCAGCAGUGGGUCCCCAGGAACCACUAAGAAUAACAGGUCAAUUAAAAGUAUGAGCAAAAGCAAUGGGAAACCAUUGUUACAUGAUCCUGGCUGUGCAAACAUACUUAGUUAUAAUGAGGAUUCUCGAUCUGCCUUCUUUGAUAAGAAGUAUAAUAACCUGAGCACGUUAGGCAAUAAUGGACCAACACACAAAAAAUUAUACCGUCAUAAAUCCAGCUCAAAGGUCCUGAGAGAUGAAAAGUGUAAAGGAAAACACGUGGAGCGAGAACAGAUCCACAAGGAUGAGUCUGGGACAACUUCUUUUGAAAAACUGAGGGAUUCCAACUACAAUCUUCUAAAAGCAGAAACAGCAUUUUGGGUUUUACCUGUAUUUGAAGAAGACACUCAACUUUUCCAGAAAGACAUUUGA